UGGAAUUACCGAACCUCCAUAGGCGUUCCCCAAAUAUCGUUCGGAAUAGUCAGAUUCUCUUUCCCGAGAAAAAUAAAUCUUAUUUUCUUUGUGCCCAAACACCAUUGACGCUGAAUUCUGCCACGCAGUUUUUUUCCUGGUAGAAUCCACUGCCGGAAAAUCGUUCUGUUUUCCGGCAAUUAUUCAAUCACCUAUCAAUCGAAAAAAUGGUCUCACCUGAGAACACCAAUUGGCUAUCGGAUUUCGGAUUUAUCGACGAUAUCCCUGUCCCCGGCUUCAAUUGGCCCGUACAGGCCCUCAAUGGUUCCUCUAACAAUGGCGGCGUGGAAAUUGAUGGCACUUUUGGGGAUGUGGAUGUGGAUGCGGAUGCACAUAAGGAAUCUAACGCAAAGAAGAGCGUGGAAAUCGAUGCCACUUUUGGGGAUGUAGAUGCACAUAAGGAACCCAACUCAAAGAAGAGGGGUAGAUCUGAAUCAUGUGGUGCAUCUAGCUCCAAAGCAUGUAGGGAGAAGCUUCGGAGGGAUAGGCUAAAUGACAAGUUUAUGGAAUUGGGCUCUAUUCUGGAGCCUGGAAGGCCUCCCAAAACUGACAAGGCUGCUGUUUUGAUUGAUGCUGUCCGAAUGGUAACUCAACUACGGGGUGAAGCCCAGAAGUUGAAGGACUCAAAUUCGAAUCUCCAGGAGAAGAUUAAAGAAUUGAAGGCUGAGAAGAAUGAGCUUCGUGAUGAGAAACAGAGACUAAAGGCAGAGAAAGAGAAGCUAGAGCAGCAGCUGAAGACUAUGAAUACACAACCUAGUUUCAUGCCACCCCCUCCAGCAAUCCCUGCUGCAUUUGCUGCUCAAGGCCAAGCUCCUGGCAACAAAUUGGUGCCUUUUAUUGGCUAUCCAGGAGUUGCCAUGUGGCAAUUCAUGCCACCUGCUGCUGUGGAUACCUCGCAAGAUCAUGUAUUGCGCCCGCCAGUCGCAUAAGCUGGCAGCCUGCAUUGGUUUUAGUUUGCAUUUUGCCACCAACAAGUGUAUUUGUUUCUCAACUGAAGUAACUUUUUUUCUUCUAAAGUCUUGUAAUUGGAUUCUGUGGGUGACUGACUGUUGCGUUUCUGGAUCUUCGAUAAAGUGUUGCUGGUUUUAAGAUGUAUGUGAUAAGGAGUUCAUAUCUGGCAA